AUGGAGGAACGCGUGCGCAUGUUAACACAGAAGCUGAUCGACCGUCUGCGGCCAAUCGUCGAGGCCAAGCAUCCUGGAGAGAAGGAUGAUCCCGAGACGAAGGUUUUCGAGGAAAGGAUGAAGCGAGAGGCAGAGGAUUUGAAGUUGGAGAGCUUUGGAAUUGAGCUUCUACACACGAUUGGCACCGUGUACAUGAUGAAGGCGACUUCUUACUUCAAAUCCAAGAAAUUCCUCGGAAUUCCUGGGUUCUUUUCGCGCAUAAAGGAAAAGGGUUCGGUGGCCAAGGAUGCAUGGGGUGUCAUUGGAAGCGCACUUGGUGUUCAAAACCUCGUUCAGGAGAUGGAGCGUUUGCAAGCGAAGGGCGAACUUGAUGAAGACGAGAUAAGGGCCCUUGAGCAAGACAUGACCGGCAAGAUUCUUCUUGCGUCCUGGAGAGGCACCAGAUUUGAGGUUACGCAAGUGCUUCGUGAAGUCGUCGACCACGUGUUGAAAGACAAGGAGGUUUCCGAGCACAUCUUGCUGAACCGUGCGAAGGGCCUGUUGGUCAUCGGCGCCAUCUUCAAGCAGGUACAGCCUGACGAGUCAGACGAGGAGCGACGCGAGCUCGAAAGAAUGGUUGCCGAGGCGGCCGUGGGGAAACCGAAGCAAUACGGCCGCGCGUCUGCAAAUCGACGGAAAGGAGCGGGUGGCGUCCACGAGCAUCCGAUCGCCACUGCUGUCCAGGAGAAGGCCGCUGGAACCGACAGUGCGACCGGUGGCGCGAAUGCGUCCAAGACCGCAGACUGA